ACACGAAAUCUACUUUGUUUGUUAGAUAGAACAAAUAUAUGCUCCAGUAUCCAGAUAAGGCGUUGAUUAAUAAAUUUUUCAAGUACUUUGAUCACUGAACAUCAUAACUUUACUGGAAGGUAGGAAUUCGGGUCUAAACGGGGUUUGCCAGGUUUAGGAAUAGGUAUUGUGUAAACAUCAUUCCGAGUAUUUGGAAACACUCCAAGCCAUAUUUUGAUAUAUAUCGUUAAUAAGUAGGCAGUUUCAUUUUGAGGCAAAUUUUUAAGAAAAAUAAUAGGAAUAUUAUCUGGACCAGAGUCUUUAAUAAAAUUUAUAGAUUCAUUUAAUUCCUCUUCCAGUAUUCGUACAUUUGCUGGAACUCACAUUUUCUCGACAGUUUUUAAUACUAAAUUCGAGGAUGUUUUUCAUUGAUUUAUUUUUUAUUCUACUUGUGUAGAUCUAUAAUAACUUUUUUAUUUAAGAUAUAACAUCAGCCAAUAGCUUAGAAGAUAUUCCCGAUGUUGAACUCAAUUUAGGAUUCAUGAAAAAGAUUCCACCAGGGAGCGAAGCAAGCAAUAUCCUGGUAGGUGGUGUAGGGUUCCUAGAAAAACCAAUUUUGGCAUUCAUUCGACUCUCAAGAGCUGCAAUGUUGGAAGAAUUGACGGAAGUUCCAGUGAAGACUAGAUUUAUAUUUAUUUUACUGGGACCGGUAGCUGCCGCAACAAGUUAUCACGAAAAUGGACGUGCCAUGGCCUCACUUUUUUCAGAUGAAGUCUUUGGUGAAGUAGUGUAUCAGGCCCGCAAUAAAAAUCAUUUAUUAGUAGGAAUAGAUGAGUUUCUUGACGCAGUAACGGGUUUACCCCCCUCAGAAUGGGAUCCAGCUAUAAGAAUUGAUCCUCCUGCUACUGUUCCUUCCCAAGAUUAUAGAAAACGAGCUCCUGAAAAAUAUAUCAGAGAAGUUGAUGGAGAAGACGACGAACAAAGAAUAAGAGAAUAUUCAGGUUUAGUCAGAACUGGAGUGUUGUUUGGAGGACUUGUGAAUGAUUUUAAACGAAAGACACCGUUUUAUUUAUCUGACUUUAAGGAUGCAUUUGCUCUACAAACCAUAGCAACGUGGAUAUUUUUAUACUUCGCAUGUCUAUCUCCAAUUAUUACCUUUGGUGGGCUUUUAUCAGAAGCUACUGGUAAAAACAUGGCUACUUUGGAAUCUUUGGUAUCGGGAUUUAUUUGUGGGGUUCUCUACGGUUUUUUUUCAGGCCAACCAUUGUCGAUAUUAGGAUCAACUGGACCAGUAUUAAUAUUUGAAUCAAUAAUUUACGACUUCUGUUACACAAUGGACUGGGAUUAUAUGAGCUUUAGGUUCUGGAUCGGAACUUGGAUUUCAAUAAUUUUAGUGAUAUUAGUGUCCAUAGAUGCCAGCGCUUUUGUGUGUUAUAUUACCAGAUUUACCGAGGAAAAUUUUGCAGUAUUGGUCACGCUUAUAUAUAUUUAUAAGGCCUUUGAAAACGUAUUGGCCAUUGCAAAUAAAUUUCCAAUUACUAUGGAUAAAAACGGUACCAAUAUGGAAGAAUGUUCAUUCACUGGGAAUGAUAACACUCCACCAAUAUUAUUAAAUAUGUCGAGCUCCAACACGACCAACCAAACAAUGUAUCAGCUUCUCAAUGAAAUUUCAAGUGAAAGCUGCUUGGUACCACAAUACUCUCCGGGUAUAUUUCUUAUGUCAGUUUUGAUAUUUCUUGGAACAUUCGUUAUUUCAAUACAACUGAAGAACUUCAAAAAUGUUCGUUUUUUUCCUUCAAAGGUACGCCAAUUAAUAAGUGAUUUUUCCGUAACAAUAGCAAUAUGUUCCAUGACCGUGUUAGAUUACUACGUCGGAAUUCCAACGCCAAAACUCGAAAUACCUCACGAAUUCAAACCAACUCUUCCGAAUCGAGGAUGGAUCAUAUCUCCCUUCAGCCGCAAUCCAAUUUACUCAGUGGUUUUAGCAAUUCUUCCAGCUCUAUUGGGCACUAUUCUAAUAUUUAUGGAUCAGCAAAUAACAGCUGUUAUAGUUAAUAGAAAGGAGUUUAACUUUAGAAAAGGCUGUGGUUAUCAUUUAGACCUAUUCGUUUUGGCAAUCCUCAUCGCAAUUUGUUCAAUUAUGGGACUUCCCUGGUUUGUAGCAGCAACAGUGCUUUCCCUAACACACGUACACUCUUUGAAACUGGAAACAGAAUGUACUGCACCAGGUGACGUGCCUCAAUUUUUAGGUGUUCGUGAGCAGAGAGUGACACAUAUUUUGAUAUUUUUGUCCAUUGGAUUAUCGAUAUUUUUAUCGCGCUUAUUAGAGCACUUACCAAUGCCUGUUCUGUACGGUGUAUUCCUCUAUAUGGGAAUAUCCUCGUUAAAAGGAUUACAGUUUGUUGACAGAAUUCUCAUUAUAUUUAUGCCAAGGAAAUAUCAGCCGGACCACAUGUUCUUAAGAGAAGUGCCAACCAAGAAAAUUAAUUUAUUCACACUCAUACAAACUACCUGCUUAAUUAGUUUGUGGCUAAUAAAAUCUAUUAGGCAAACAUCCAUUUUUUUCCCUUUGAUGUUGGUAGUAAUGAUUGGAAUCAGGAAGUCAUUGGAUUUGAUAUUUACAAAAAAAGAACUAAGAAUUUUGGACGAUCUCUGGCCACAAAACAAUAAAAUUCACAGAAUUGAGGAAGCCGGAUGUGGAAUUUCUAAAUGUAUUUUAGGUCCUAAAUUGAUAACGAAGAAGGAAUAUCUAAAUGUAAAUGAAGUUUAAUUUGGGUUUAAUGUAUUUGUAUAACUUAUUAUUUUUAUUUAUAGUGUUAAACGUGUAGAAACAAAUGUAUUAAUUAUCAGUUAUUAGUUUUAUAUAAUCUUUCAUAUAAUGUAUAUCUAAUUUUUUAUAUAAUCUAUCAAAUAUCAAAGUUACAUUGUCAUCUGAGUUUAUAUACAGUGUUCCAGAAUUGUUUAUCCCUGACUUUUUAUCUGCAACGCUGUAAAGCAUUUUGCAACGUCUUUUGUAAUCCACGUCAUCCUGAUUUACAAAUCUGUCUUUAGCCUCUUUAAAAAAAUCUCCCUAGUUAUCCCCAUUGUCAUGCACAUCAGACACGUCAUUUCUUCAUCAAUGUUAUCAAGAAAAAUUGUCUGGGUCUUUCUCUUCUUUUCUGACCAAUAGAUAUAUCAAGCAAGUUACUGUUUCUAUUUGAUCUUAUACUGCCUUCAAUAUCUUACUUUAUUUUAGUCCAAUAGGAGUCUAUGUCUUUAUGGUCUUCUUCAUCUACAUUUUGAUUCUUUAGCUGAUUGGUAAUGUUUUUUGAAUACCGUCUUGCAACUGUUGCGUCUCUCAGCUUUUGCACAUUCCAUUUUUUUAGCCUUUUUAUUUUCUUUGCCAACAUUUGAAAUUAUAACCCUCAAUGUUGAGAUCACAACUGCAGUUCUUCGGUAUGUUCCCUGCCGUAACUUAAUUGUUGUUCUUCUUAAAGGAACAUUUCCCUUGUUAGUUUUUGGAAGGUCGUAAAGUCCCAGUAGUAGUGCUUCUGUCUUUUGUGCAUUGUUCAAAAUUUGGUGAUCUAUAGAACUAGCCAGGACAAGUUGAAUAGUCUUUUUCAGAAUCGAUUCGGCGGGAACACAUUUCAAUUUCUUCUAAGCGUUCAUGUCCAGUAGUUCGUGAAUUUUAUAAUCUUAUUCCUCGAUUGUGAGUACGACAGUAGUAUGCCCUUUAUCAGCAGUUAGGAUUAAAAUAUCCUUGUCAACAUAUAGAUCUUUAACGACAAGUCAAAGCCACCAAAAGCCAUCUCACGUCCACUAUUGCAGGAAUCAGGAGCUGGUUGAGUAACAGGUAUAUGUAUAUAUAAUAGCACUAAAGGCCUUAGAGGCCCAUGUCUUGAAAAGUUUCUUUAUUUUCGCUUUUCUUUAUGUACUGAGAUCUUCUCUGGUUCGAUAUGUGAUUUUUCUUCAUUCCUUCUUGUCCAGUUUUUUUCAUAUCUUUUUGUACCUCUUGAUUCCAUCUAUUUUUUGGCCUUUCUUUUCUCUUUUUUGAAGCUAUAGGCGUAUUUGGCAUCCUUUCUAGGUGACCUCGCCCUCUUAGUCUCUGUGCCUUAACGACUCCUAUUAUAUUAGGUUGAUUAUCUAAUUCAUUUAACUCAUCCUUUGAUCUUCUUAUCCAUAAACCGUCCCUUAUUAUUUCUCCAUAUAUCUUCCUUAGGAUUUUCCUUUCCCAUAUCUCCAGUAAAUUUUGUUCAUUUUUCUAUUACUAUUUCUAAUAUAUAAUUUCCUAGCUGUUCCGUCUCCUGCAAAGCUACUAUGUCAAAAUGGAACUUUUCGAUUUCUCUUGCUAAAUGUUUAAGUUUGCCUUCUCCGUAUGUGCCUCUUACAUUCCAUGUUUCUAAAAGGAAGUGUUCUUUUCGACAUGUUUUCUUGUGUUUUGGUCCGGUUUUCAUUUUAUUCCUUCUUUUUCCUUUUUUUGUACCAUCGCUACCUUCUUUCUGUGCUUGUUUCGUCAACGUUAUUCCAGUAGUACAGUUAGUUGCUAGUUUUUUUAUGUUGUUUUGACUAUAGCGCCUUUUUUGUUAUUCCACUGUUAUUUACCCAUAUUUUUUUACUCCAAUCUUGACUUUAUUUUCUUUAUUUCUUUCUUCUUGACCAAUGUUUGCUCAUAUGUGUCUAUCCUUAGGCCGUUCGUAACUAUGUUAUUUAUUCGUCGGUGUUUUUACAUAACUUCCAUGUUUUUUGUUAUUUCACUGAGUUCCUCCUUGAUCUCUAUAUUUUCUUGUUUUAGUUCUACAUUUUCUGUUAUCAGCUCUCUGUUUUCCAUAAUGAGCUUUUCUAUUGUUUCCUUGCUUUUUUUUUGAUUUCUUUUUAUAUCCUUAAUGCUAUCGGUGAGGUGGCUCAUCAUUAUUAGUACAUAAUUAUUAAAUAUUUUUUCCCCAUUUUUUUUUCUCUGAAGUUUUUGUUGGUGUUCUCGAGAACUUCUUGCUCUUUCUGCAAAUUUUAUCAUCUUCCUUGCUGUCUUUAUAUCUGUACUUCCUCUUUGCCCCUUCUUCUGAAAGCGUAUCAUCACUGUCUAAAUUUUUCAAAUAUUUUUCCAUUUUCCGGCGCAAAACACUAUCUUCCAUAUCAAGAUCUCAACAGUUCAGAGAACACAGCGUUUACCAGAGUUUCGUUUCUAUGCUUUGAUAUUGCUUAUUGCAGACGACAAAUAAACUAUUUGUUUACGUUUUGACUACCGUGUUGCCAAUCCUCUGAGUCACAGCUACUGAAAAUAAAAAACAACUUGUUAAUUAUGAUUCUCAAAAAUAGUAUCUGCAUCUUAACAGAAUGUGACAAUAAACACUAAGAAAUUAAGAAAUAUACAAAUUAAGACCAAUAGACAAAUCACGGGAGACAUAUUAUGAUGGCUACCUAUACCUCAGGUAGUCACGCCUCAUCAGUGGGUGAAGGGUACGGUCAUAUAUACCUACUUUAUCAUCCGUACCGCCUUUGAUAAUGUCUGGCCCAAUUGCAGAAAUAAAGUCAGUAAGUAGUUUCAGAACACGUCAUAUAGACUCUUAUAACAAUAUUAUAAAUUACCGGGGAAGGUGGGAAAAUUUUACGCAUUUAAGCAAAACCGUCUUUAUUGUUGUUUAUUAAGUUAAUAAAGCUAUUCAAAUUAAUAUAGUUAACUCUCGAAACUUAAUUUUAACGUUAAAUAGACAUUCUGAAAUUAUCCAUUCAAUUUUUUUGGUUGUUGCGUAAAAUAACCUAUCUUUGUGGGCAAUUUUACGCAGUGUAUCGGGAAAUUUUACGCAGAUUAUAAAAAUUAUACAGUUUGACUUUGUCACAAAAUAUUUUAUAAUUUAAACUAAGAAUUUAUUUCAUAUGUCACAUAUAUAGUCCUUUGAACUUUCUCUCGCAGAGCAAGAGGCAUGGGCCUAAUCCAAACAAGAUGCACAUUGCUACCACAGUUCACUGUCCUUCUCGAAUUCUUCACAAAUCAUGCAGAUGUUCUCUGGGCUAGUCGGAUCUACUAAGUCUAAUUCAUCAUCAUCUUAGAUGUCUUUCUCGCCAUAUUCCGAUUCCUCCGUUUCACUUUCUUGAAAUUUAAUCUUUUUAAUUUGGGUUGAUUUUUGGCCUCUUUGCCAACCCUUUUUUUUGUAGCAGUUACCUUAUUUUUGUUUCUUUCUUUCCUCUUUAAGUCAGCUUCGAGAAUAUUUUUUAUCGGUGUGGAUGUUAGGAUUUCAGCUCGUUUCUUUGUACACGUCCUAGUUUUUUUUUAAUUGAGUGGACUUUUGGUAGUGGUAAUAAAUUCGAAGAAAAAUUAGUUUUUGAUGCUCCAGGAAUUGGACCCAUUUCAGAAUUUACUUGUGAGACUGACUCUGGAGUAAUGUUUCAAUUCUGAUUAAUAACUUGAUCUUUCAGUUGCUCGGUAUCAGAUGCUCUAUGUUCUUAUACUUCAUUUCCUAUGACUGGUGGUAGGCAAAAAGUCUUCAUCGUUAAAUUGAUCUGGGUCGAAAAGAUAACUACCAGCAGAUCUCAAGCCAGCAAUCGCUUUCCUUAUUGUAGCAAUUUUAAGACAGGCUUUGUUAAAAAUCUCAGCUAACUGAAAGUUAGUUAUUCUCUGAUGUGGAUGUGUUCUGAGAUGUAACUCACAUUCUUUAUUAUAAGCUCCCUUAGAUAGUUAAAAAUGUAAGGUUGAGGGGCUGCAGCUUUGGGAGGUAUGUGUACAGAGAUAUGUGCAUGAGAUGAAUUGAAUUAGCCUUACAAAAUUAAUAUAUCUUCAGUGAAUUAUGCCUGGUGUGAUUGUUAAGUAAUAAUAAAAUAUGGGACUGUUGAUUAGUAUGGACAUGAUAUUUAAAGUGCUUUAACCACUCGUACAACAGCUCGAUAUUUAUCCAGCCAUUGUCGGACCAGUGUGAUAGAAUACACCUAUCGGAUCUCUUUUCCUUCUGGUUUUAUCGGACUUAUUUUUUGGUUUCUCUUUAAGAACAAAGUAACCAAGUCUUUUCCAGCAAGUUCAGUCUCUUUACAAAAACUGUGCCUGAUAUCAUCUGCAUAUCUAUACACCAAUUGCCUCAGCUCUCUAACAGUAAUAUCAUAAAACAUUAUAGCUAGCUCCAAGAUAUGCUUAGUUAAUUUUUUCUACUGUUCUUUCGAAAAGAUAGGCUGUCGACCGAGUUUAGACAUUGAUCUCUGAUUCAUCCUUAUUUCGUAACAAAGAGCAAAUUCCCAGUAAAAAUCACGUUUUCAAUUGAUAACACAAAAACAAUAGUACAAAAAAGACUAACGCAUGACUAUUUCUUAUAGGAUUCUAUGAAUUAUCAUUAAAGUUUCAAUAACAACCGAAAUUCGAAAGCACGUGUAACAAUAUCUCUGCCCUCGAACUGAUGUGCUUUGUUAGACAUUUGGACGUGCGUACAUGACACCAGUUAAGACCGAUAUAUUUGAAUCGGCUCUGCGUAUAAUUACCCUCUGCGUAAAAUUCCCCCAACCUCCCUUAAUGUUAUUAUUAUUAUCAUCUUUAUUAUGUAUUAUCAUGUUUAUUAUGUAUUAUUAUGAUUAUUAUGUAUUACUUAUGUUUAAACUUGUCAAGGUUUAAUUAGUAAGUUUUUGAGUGUGCCAUAUUACCACUCUGUAUUAUUUGAUUAUCUAAAUAAAGCAUACCUAUGCAC